AUGAGCAAAACCAAACUUGAGCAACCAUGGGCCAUUGACAAGUACCCUCUCCAAAAAGUCCCCGCCCCGUUCUCUGGCUCUAUCGUCGUUCCCCACUGCUUUCGCGGCGUGGGCGGCAGCUCCAAAGUCUCCGUAUAUGCAGGAGAUGACUUGAAUCGCGCUAUUUUCGACUAUUACGCCCAGGAGUGCCCGGAAAGUCAGAUUGGGACGAAUUACAUUGAUCCAGAGGGCUUGGACUCGAAACGCCAUGAAUAUCUUGGUCCUAGUCCAUUUGUGGCGGGCUACUUGUUCGACGCUCGUCGGAAAACCGUAGAUGUUGAAUUUUGGGACGAGUUUCUCAAGCUGCAUUGGGUUUGCGACCGCGUAUGA